AUGUCGCAAAUACCGAACGAAUCCCACGUACGAUCUUCUAUGUCUCCGGCGAAUGGACAACCUCAAGACCGAUUCAUUAGUACUACGUCGCCUUUACCCCUAUCCGAUGGAGGUUCAUUUCGCCAAAACACACCCCGAAUGAACGACGGUCGAGCGAGCGGGGAGUUGGAGGGCAGUACACUGGGCAGCAGUUCCCGUGAAAGGGGCCAAAGGACACCCGGCCAUCGGGCGACCCGGAGUUCAGGUGGAUUUUUGCUUGACAGUCUACCUCGGCCAAGAGGAACGAGACAUAGUCUGGACCACCCUCACCCGUCAGAACCUCCCGAAGAGAAGCGCAGCGUCCCCGAACCAGAUAUAACGGUACCCAAGAAGCGCUCACGACUUCCAUGGAAGCGUCAUAGGCAGUCAUCGGUGUUUGUCUCAAAAGAUGCAAGCUCGAAUCCAAUCAGUGCCCCGCAAGCUUCCACGCCUGCUAGAAGACAGCCUUCGGGAAGCUCCUCGCAGCCCGAGGCACAGGAGAGCAACGUUGAUGUACAAUCUCCGACCCCCGCUCUUGAUAGCGAUUCCAUACAGAUCGUGAAUUUAGCCUUGAGUCUCAAUGAAUCCCGGAGGAGGACAGCUUCAGGAAUAUUACCGGGCUCCGACGGCCGAAGACCGCUAUCUGUCUCUCAACCUGCUGUCCCUCCAGCUGACAAUUAUGCGCAUUCCCCACGAGCAGGAAACUUCCAGCAUGACUCGCCGUAUCGCAAUUUUACCCAGGCUUCUGGUACUGGGUUGUCACAGGGCACGUUGCCGAGCUUAGAGCGGUCAUCUGUUGUAAAUUUGUUGCCUCCAUCGGCAGUUGAGGAAUUUCGCACAUUUGAAGUUUCCGAAAGCACCUUGGCCCGAGCCGAGAAAGCACAAAAUCAUUUUGAUUUAUUCUAUGAAUAUAUGCGGCUGCUGCCUUCACUGCCAGCCCUUCCAGACACAGUCAAGGAUGGCGCCGAGCCUAAAUCCCAGAAGCCUCACCGUGCAUAUAACCCACUUCAAACGAUCCGCAAUCGCAAAGUCAGGUAUCGUGAAAGAUCCCCGCUUGAUGCAGACGCCGAAGGAUGGCACGAUGUCGAAAAGGUCCACCAAUGGAUCAACACCGUCGAGCGUGAAUACAGGCACAAACAGCACGACCCGCUAGAAUGCUUGAAGUUGCCACCCUUCAAUCAAGGUGGCGAGCACGAAGAUGAUGACAUGAUGGCUGCGUCUCCUCCUUCGAGUUUGCGGCAUAUCAGCCGAACCAGCAGCAAGAAGGCUCGUCGGCCACGCAUGGACUGGAAGAUAUUGCCAGCGGAGCUUUUAGCUGACGCUGUUUGGCUGGAAGAUGGAACCAACAAGGCGAAGAUUGUUGACAAGGAUGGCUAUAAGCUGUACCCUGAUCCGACAAAGCUAGUCGUCAAAAAGACACAAGCUGACUUCGUCACACCUCAGAAGCAGCGGGUUUCGGUUGAAACGGGGAAUUCUGGCGAGGCGCGUUCGUCACCGCGCACUUCGCUAUCCAGUUCCCGCCCUGCCCUGGCACACGAAUUCAAGAGCGUCGGCCGUGGGCGACACAGGCACCGAUUUCGGAGCCAUUCAAAAAGCCUACGCAGCCGCAGUGCCUCCAGCAAAGGAAAGCCGACCCCGUGGGAUAAGGUUAAGAUGCGUUCAGGCAGUGUGUCGAGUUCUUCAAGCUCGGAUUCAGAUGUUUCCAUCGACAAGUCUCGCCUGUCUCGCGAGAAUGUCCGCGAACAUGUUCAAAGAUUUGUUGAUCAUGCACACUCGGGGUCGCGGAUGUCCCGCAUUAAAUCCUCCGCCGGCCCCAGUGCUGAAAAGGACAGGGUGGGGACUCCACAGCCAUCUGAACUGUCGCCGCUCGACACCCGACAGUCUCGUAAGCACAGGGGGCGCUCUUUAUCAUCACCGGGCAGUCCCGAUUAUCGUCAAGAUCCCCGGAUGUCCAUGGAAGGAAUGGACAGCACUGCCCCCAGCUCGCCUACGCAGAUUGGUUACUUCCCAAGCAUAGCGGUGAAUUUGUCUCCUCCUUCAAGUCGCUCUCCCUCGCCCGCGAAGAGAGGCCUUCGUAAAAUUGUAUCGCGCCACGAACGCAGCAAAAGCAAGCAGGGGGACCGAGACCGAGAGGGUGAAGAUGAAUCACCAGAGCCAGAUACUUUGCGUCGGCAGAAUACGACCACCCCUGAGCGGAUGGAGGGUGCCUCCAAGCUGCAGCCCAGUGCCUCCAAACUACAGCCCAGUCCUCUCCCCGACGUCGUGUCUUCCCCCUAUCGAGGCGAUCAAGCCGCGGCCGGAGAAAACCGCGCGGAUGAGCAUCGAUCUCGCAAAGCAAUGCAUCUUCCUGAAUCGAAGUUACGAGGAAUAUUCAAGGGACCGGGGCGGAUCGCGGAGAGGGUGGGAAAUGAGGUGUCCAAGGUCGGGGACCUCAUAUUGAAGAAAGACGCAGAUCCUGGCUCUCGAAAAUCAUCGUCCGCAACUCCUUUUGCAUCGGACGACAGCGACUCUGAUGAAGACCCCAAAAGCGAGAAGAAGUCUAGCUCUAAAGCUCUUCUACGGCGUCUACCAACAAUUACCGAUGAGCCAGGGCGAUUGACUCGCAGAGACUCUGAGAAGAACACGUCUCGAAGUUUCAUCUCUUCUCUGCCGACCUUCACAUCCCCUCUGCGGCAAGACGAACGAAAGGAAGCUCCGGGGGGUCCUGAGUAUGGCAGUUCUGGCGAGCGGCUUGCGUCUCCUGAAAAGUAUGAUUCCCGUGAAGAUCCCAAGAAAUUCCAGCUGGCGCGCAGCAAAACCCUUGAUUUUAGCCCUUCUCUGCACCCGGGCCGGAGAAACCGCCACGAGAUCAGAGACGUCGCCGUUCCUUACAGCUUAACUCGACCUCCUGUUACUGGACUCGCCAAUGCGCGCGCAUCCCCGGGAAUAUCCCCCGAGGGACGGCGCUCCGGGCUUUCAGGUGCUAGUCGCGCCUGGAGCAUAUCCGGGCGCAGUCUCCAAUCAUUAGUUGACUCUGGCGUGCCUGGUAAGCCAGAAGUCGAGCGCACCCGGGCUCUCUUGCUAUCAUCGGGUAUCAAAGCCCGGGAGAUUACUCGCAGAGCCCACACUGCCCGCGAGCCAGCCCCUCAAUGGCUCCAAAGCUCCAUGGGUCCCGGUCAGCCUGUUCCAUAUGUAACCCGGAUUAACGAAUUCGAUCUUGCUGCUCAAAACCUCUUGCAGCGAUUCGAAAAGACCCAAUACUCAUUCCAACAAUCCAUGCAUCACUUCUCCACUUCAACUUCAAUACCUCUCCGUUCUCAGCUGAGGGACCUGGAAAACCUGGCUAAUCAGUCCCUGGCUCCCCGCGUCCGAGCCACGGCUAACGAUGCCGAGGACCUGUGUGUCCAGCUCAACACUACUAGCACCCUCGCUGUGAAACAGCUGAGUGAUGCCCUUGACAAAGGCAUUCGCAAACGUCGCCGUCGAUUGCGGUGGAUCCGACGCACCGGGUUCAUGUUUUUGGAAUGGGCCCUCGUCGGUAUGCUUUGGUGGGUGUGGCUUAUUGUCAUGGCUUUCAAGCUUGUGCGUGGUGUCUUCCGCGGUGCCUUCUCCGGUAUUCGAUGGGUCUUGUGGCUUUGA